AUGGUUGAGGCACGGAAUGGUUUUAUCAUUAUGAAAGACAUCUGUGCUGAUGCUGUAGGGCAGUGUGUAGAUUUCAUGUAUACCGGUGAAGCAAAUUCAUCCAUGGAAUCUGUUGAAAAUACUUUGUAUGCUUCUCACUUAAUGCAGCUUGAUGUAUUAUCAAGUAUAUGCUUUAAUUUCAUGGAAAAUAAUCUGUCAGUGCAGCAUUGUUUUUUAGUGGUAAGGUUGGCAAGCCUUUAUGAUCGAACAGAGCUAAAACCCAUUGCUGAGCGAUUUAUUGUGGAUAAUUUUGAGUCUCUGAUUUCGGGUGAAGAUUUUCUACAUUUGUGCAAAAAAGAACUCAUAUUUUAUCUGCAAAAGAUGGAUAAAAAACAUGAAGUAGUUUGGCAUGCUGUGAGAAGAUGGAUUUCAAACAAAGGUGAAAAGAUUGGAUUAGAAUUAAUGGAGACUUGUCAUUUUGGAAAGUUUCCUUAUAAAUUUUUGCUUACUGAUCUUCUAAAUAAUUCUUUGGUCGAAAGUUCUUUAGACGCAAAAAGUUUUGUCGUCAAAAUAUUGCUUUCAAAUAUCAAUGGGUUGAAAGAGAAUUUGUCUCUCGAGACUUUAUUUGUUUUGAGGAAGAUUAAUUGGAUCGAAAACAAAGUUUGCUCAGAGAAUGUCAGAAAUAUAAUCAAUGAAUUUAUGGCUCGGAAUUUUGAGCAGAUUGUACCGAUGGAUGAAUUUCUCGAAAAUGAACCUUUGGUUAAAGAGUCGCAUAAGUGUAAAGAUUUAUUGCUUGAUGUUCUCUGUGCCAGAGCUGACGUUAUAAAACAUGUCCAACAUAUUGCUGUCCCAACGAAGACUGGUAUAAAGGCUCUGAAUCUCCAAACAAAUCAAUGGUCCAGUUUGCAGUCAGAUUAUUAUGUUAGCUUUCAUCUCGUCAAUGUUGAGGGACAAUUGUAUGCUUCAGAUGGGAAUGAAUUGUCUUUGUUACAAGAUGGUCGAUGGAUUAAGAAGGCUAAGAUUAAAAGAAAAACUCAUGGAAAUGAUAAGAUGUUUUAUCUAAAGAGUGGGAUUUAUAUUAUCAACUCUGCUCAGCAUACAGCGCGAUACGACAUCGCCAAAGACAGAUGGGAUAAAAAUUUGCCUCCAUGUCGUAUUGGUGGUUGUUUUUGUGCCGCUGCCUCUGAUGAGUUUAUAUAUGCAAUGGGAGGUUGGUCAGCAGAAAAAGAAGCAAAAGUAUAUGAUCCUGGAACAAACAAAUGGUCUUUCCUACCACAGAUUCAUGGAACAGGAGGUGGUGCAGCAGUCGUUUUUCAACGUAUGGUUUAUGUAUUGGGAGGUUAUGAUGAAGGGCGUGUUGACAAUCUUGUUCAAUGUUAUAACCCUGUUGUGCGCUCAUGGACAGAAAUUGCAAAAAUGAAGAUGAAUAGAAGUUUGUUCGGUACAUGUGUUGUUGAUAAUAAAAUGUAUGCAGUCGGUGGUGCUGAAGGUGAACGCCUGACUAAGGAUUCUAUUGAAACAUUCAAUGAAGAAACUGGUAAAUGGGAAAGAGUCUGUGAAAUGAAUAGGCUUUACAUUCCAUGGGUUUAUUGCUGUAGCUAUGCUCUCUAA